CUAUAGUCUCCUUGGGUCCACCGGUCGGGUUGGCAGCCCUGGCCAACGCGCCAAAGUUGUUUACAGUGCCUGGCCGCCGCCCACGAGGAGGGCCCUGCUAGCUACCUCACCUGGGUCAAGAGAUAAGUUGUCCUCCUAACAUAGUGGCAGCCAUGAAAGCGGACCAGAUACAAUACUCCGAGAAGUACCACGACGACAAGUAUGAGUACAGGCAUGUGAUUCUGCCGACAGAUUUAGCAAAGCUAGUACCGAAAACUCACCUCAUGACGGAGACAGAAUGGCGCAACCUUGGUGUACAGCAGUCCCCUGGCUGGGUCCAUUACUUAGUCCAUAGCCCAGAGCCACACAUCCUACUGUUCAGAAGACCUCGGACAGAUCUGGUGCAGAGUGAGGCUACAGACCAGAAAAGGAGUUAGGCAAUAAGUCUGAAAGGAUUAUUUUUCUUCGUCUAUUUGCUACUGUCUUCCUAGCAGUGCCUUAUCAUAAGUAACUCUUGUUUUUUAUACUGUCUCUUUAUUUCUUCAGUUUCAUAACUUAUGAUAUAAAUUUAUAUAUAGCUGCUACUUCUGGUAUUUUCACUUAAUAUCAAUAUUUUUUUCUUAUUUGUCUGUACCUGAAUUAUUUUUAUUUGCACUUCUAUAAGUUUUCCUGUUUUUCAGUGGUAACCUGUUUCUUUUUUUGUGUAAUUUAGUCAAAUAUUAUAUAUAUUUGGUGUAUGUGUUUUCUCUGUUCAUUGUAUUUAAUCAGUUAGGUACUGUGUAUGUGUUUUUCCUAUAUUAUUUUAAAGUUAAUUUUUAUGGCUUUUUGUAUUACCAAAAUUUGGUAAGUUGAAAGUAGGUAGGAUCAGCAAAUGUUGAUUUCAUAACAGAGAUUAGGAUUUUUAUGUUCAAGGCACCAGCAGGUAGCAGCAUGAUCUAUUGUUUAUACUUUUUUUAUUGAACACUGAGCAUAAGCUGACCUUCAUACUUUUAUAAGCAAAUAUAUAAUAUGCAAACAUUA